GGCAACUUCCGGAAAUCCGGAAGGGAGGCUGCCAAGCGCGUUCGGGCGUCUCCGGAACGGCAGUGACGCCCGAACGACAGGAGGGCGGCCGCGAUCCGGCCCCAGCCAGACAUGCGGCUGCUCUCGCGGGCUCUCCGCGCGGCGCAAGGCUACCGAGCCGCCGCGCUGCCCCCUCGGAGCCUCCGGGCGGCACCGGUGGGAUGGCGGCUGCCGGCGCGGCGCGGACUGAGCGCACGGCCCGGCCUGGAGGAGCUGUUCGCCGCGCCCUCCCUCCGCCGCCUGCUGGAGGCGCGCGCGCGGGGCGAGGGCGGGGCGGCGCCGCAGCUGGCGGCGCGCGUGCGGCGGCUGCGCGACAAGGAACGGGAGCUGCGCGACACGCGCGAGCUGGCGCGAGAUGAUAAUGAAGAUUUCCGGAAGCUUGCAGAAACAGAAAUUGCUUCCUGUGAAGAAGAGAUAGCUGAACUGAAACAACAGAUAGUGUUGCUUUUGAUUCCUUCAGAAGAAACAGAUGAGAGUGAUCUUGUCAUGGAAGUAACUGCUGGAGUUGGAGGGCAGGAAGCCAUGCUGUUCACCUCGGAGAUAUUUGAUAUGUAUCAACGAUAUGCUGCUUAUAAAAAGUGGAAAUUUGAAGUUUUAGAAUACUUUCCCAGUGAACUAGGUGGCCUAAGACAUGCAGUAGCUAGUAUUGCAGGUGUUGAGGCUUACAAAUACAUGAAGUUUGAAGGAGGAGUGCAUCGUGUUCAGCGGGUACCAAAGACAGAAAAACAAGGACGCAUUCACACCAGCACAAUGACUGUUGCAAUAUUACCCCAACCCGCUGAGAUGAGGCUGCAAAUUAGUCCAAAAGAUCUACGGAUAGAAACAAAGCGAGCUAGUGGAGCUGGAGGCCAGCAUGUCAAUACCACCGAUAGUGCUGUGCGGAUAGUUCAUAUUCCAACAGGGAUUGUGGCUGAAUGUCAGCAAGAAAGAUCCCAAAUUAGAAACAAAGAGAAGGCUAUGCAAAUGCUAUGUGCUAAACUAUACAACGCCAAACUAGAAGAAGAAACCAAAAAGAGAAACUAUGCUCGAAAGAUUCAAAUUGGGACUAAAGGAAGAUCAGAGAAGAUCAGAACAUACAACUUUCCACAGGACCGGAUUACAGACCACAGAAUAAGCAGAUCAGUGCAUCAUGUUGAGUCUUUCAUGCUAGGGGAAGAAAUGCUAGAUGAAAUGAUACAAACUCUGAGAGAAUAUGCUGAUUAUGAAUCUCUAAUGGAAAUUAUUUCAGAAAAUGAAAAAAAUAAUUCAUCCUGAACAUGGUUCUUUCUCAGGCCAUUACAACAUAUGUAGACCUUGGUCUGCAAAGAAGCUUCUCAGAGCACCACCUAGAAAAUGGAACUUGUUUUCAGAUCAUGAAUAACAUCACAACUUGUUUCCUCAUGAAUAUUAAACAGUUUUCUUACUUGCUAAGUAAAA